AUGGGUUUUCCGAAUAGCUACUGUUCAACUCGCCAGACUAAUACAAGUUCACACACAGCUCGUCCUAUAGAAACUGUGUCUGUUCCCCGAUUAGUGAGAUUAAAAGAUAAAUUUAUUAAUAACUCUCGAAAUAAUCUUAUCACAAUUAAUCCUGAAAAAGACCAAAUAGGUAAAGAAAAACAAUUUCUUAAGUUUGGGCUUCUGAACAUUAGAUCUCUUGCACCGAAAGCACUUAUUAUUAAUGAAAUGAUCUCAGAUUAUAGUUUCGACGCACUCUGUCUUACUGAAACCUGGCUUAGACCAAAUGAAUACAUUGGUCUGAAUGAGUCUACUCCAUCAGGAUAUUCCUAUAAACAUGAGCCCCGUCAGACAGGUCGUGGUGGUGGUGUUGGAACCAUCUAUAAUAAUUCUCUUACCGUUACUCAGAAAACAGGACCCAGGUUUAACUCAUUUGAAGUGCUUGUCCUUAAUGUUGCACUCUCAGACAGGCAUAAAAAAUCCCUCCUAUCUCUUGCUCUGGCCACCGUGUACAGACCCCCGGGGCCCUACGGUGAUUUUCUUAAUGAGUUUUCACAUUUACUCUCAGAUCUUUUGAUCAGUUUUGACAAAGUGUUAAUUGUAGGAGACUUUAACAUUCAUGUAGACGAUGCUAACGAUGCGUUAGGGCUCGCAUUUAUAGAUUUACUAAAUUCCUUUGGGGUUAAACAAAACAUUAAUAGACCAACUCAUCAUUUUAAUCAUACACUAGACUUAGUUAUAUCACAUGGGACUGAUGUUACUGAUAUAACUGUUCUACCUCAAAGCGAUGACAUCACAGACCAUCACCUCUUAGUGUACGCUCUACCUGUAGAACAUAUUAGACACGUCUCUCCACGUUAUAAACUUUGGUAGAACUAUAACUCCGACCACUAAAGACAGAUUUACAAGCAAUCUGCCAGAUCUGUCUCAACUUCUUACUAGACCCCGAAAUGCAGAUGCACUAGAUGAAGUAACUAACAGCAUAGGCAAUAUUUUUACCAGCACACUAGACACUGUUGCCCCCAUCCGACUAAAAAAGGUCAGAGAUAAAACACCGUCACCAUGGUACAAUAGUCAUACUCACGCCCUCAAGAGAGCAACCCGUAACCUCGAGCCAAAGUGGAGAAAAACCAAAUUAGAAGUUUGAAGCCAUCUGAUUGAAAUAAACCAGAACAAUCCCAGAUUUUUAUUCAGUACAGUGGCUAGACUAACAAAACAUCAGAUUCCUGGAGAGAGUAUUUCAGCAUACUUUAGUAGUGAGGACUUUAUGAAUUUCUUCACUAAAAAAAUUGAUAGUAUCAGGAACAAAAUAUUGGAUGUUCAACCACUGACGGCAUCUGGUGAUCCAGACCAGCCUACAGCUCCACACUUAAAGCUACAAUGCUUUACCAGCAUAGGGCAGGAAGAGCUAGUUAAACUUAUCACCACGGCUAAACCAACAACGUGUUUGUUAGAUCCAAUUCCAAAUAGAUUGCUGAAAGAAGUGAUACAUGCAGCUGGAGAGCCUCUUCUUAAUAUUAUUAACUCCUCGUUAUUUCUAGGUUAUGUCCCAAAAUCUCUUAAGUUAGCAGUUAUUAAGCCUCUUCUUAAGAAACCGAAACUAGACCCUGAUGAAAUAUCAAAUUACAGACCGAUUUCAAACCUUCCGUUUAUAUCAAAAAUACUAGAAAAAGUGGUGUCAGCUCAAUUAUGCUCCUUCCUACAGGAAAACAAUAUCCUUGAAAAAUUUCAGUCAGGUUUCAGGCCCCAUCAUAGCACAGAAACUGCACUAGUUAAAAUCACUAAUGACUUGCUUUUAGCUUCGGACCAAGGCUGCAUCUCCAUUUUAGUCCUGCUUGAUCUUAGUGCUGCAUUCCACACUAUAGAUCAUAAUAUCCUCAUAGAUCGCUUACAAAAUCACACAGGUAUGCAGGGACAGGCAUUAAAAUGGAUUAGAU